AUGUCAACUCUUGUCCAUACUCCAGCGACGUCCCUCAGACCGGUCACCAAACCUCGCCGCCGCCAGAAUCAUUGUUGUGAUCCUUGCCGCCGUAGCAAACGGGCUUGCGAUGCUACUGGGCGUGUCCGAGAAGAGGUCUGUUCUAAUUGUGCGAGGACAGGGAAAGAAUGCACUUUCGAAAAGGUCCGGCGAACUGUUGCGAAGAAUUCGACAAAAUUAUCGGCGAAAAGCCUCCCAUGGAGGAGUCCGGCGCGAGAGCAUGUCGCCGUGGAUGAUAGAUCUAGUCCAGGCCAAAACUCCGUUUUCACGACCAAUGUUUUCCAUGUCUCAGAUCAAUCCUCCCACGGUCGCACAUUAUCAUCAGGCAGUGCCGAUUUCCCAGAGACGACAUCAUCCCACGUAACUCGCGUUCUUCGGGGGGAAUCCCAAGGCCUGUUCCCUGGGUCAGAGUUAAUUGAGAGCUGGCCUGAUGCGACCACGUUUGAGGGAGGAUUAGGCCAUACAGAUAAAACAAUGAGCCUCAAUCCAGUCCCGGAAGUCCACGAUGUCGAUCCUGCACAAUUGUCGUACUACGAUCAUGAUCUCGAGGAUGCACCAAGCACUGUCUUUUCCAUGGGUCAUUCAAUGUACAGCGACGGCCGGCCAGCGAGAAAGGACACCAUCGAGGGGGAGGACAAUGAAUCUGCCUUGCGACGGAAAUCCUCGACUUUACCUGACCCAUCUUCUGACACAUUGGUCCAUCUUUUAGCUGAGAAAACCAAUAAAUUUUUGAUAUCGGAGAGCUUGACUCGAAUAUAUCAGGAUACCAUGGAGAACGCAUUAUCUUGUUGGUUGACAGAACGGACAUGCCCGUAUACUUAUGAAGGCAUCAUCGAGCCCCAGUCGCCCCUCAAGGAAUCCGUGGAGAGUCCCCGUCCGAUAUCCUGGGCGAACUGCAUAGUUUCGCGAAUCUGUCAGUUGGAUCGGCCAUCCUGUAUCCUUCGUGAUCGACCCUUGACUCCCCGGGAGAACCAGGCCGCUUCGCGGGCCCUCAAAGCUGCUAUCAUGGCAUUCUCAUCCCAGUGGUCACACACAGCAAACACCAGCACAGAAUCCACGGCAAACGCCCGGAGUGGCGACAUUCUGAGUGAUUUGAUAGACGGUCGUUCCACUGUUCCGGAGGAAAAGACGCCGACCAACUUUGAUCGAUCAAUCCAAGAAAUGUUAUGGAACGAUGUUCACCGACUACUGCAAGAGACAGCCGGCCUCGAUUCUUUUCGAGUUCUUUUUGCGCAACUGAUCUUUUCUUUCACACAAAAGCCACUGCAACGAGAUUACCAUGCAAAGAUCAGAAGACUGCGGGCCCGAAGGGGAAACAGCCUUCAAACUAGUCCAAGUGGCGGUGGAAUAGAGAUGAAUUACACCCCGGACUCGGAGAACUAUGGCAGUUGGGGUCCUCCACCUCACGCCUUUGGCAGAUACCCUGAAGAUCCUGGAGACAUUGAAGAGCUGAAGGAUCUGCUGGAACUUCAGGGCCGGCCCAUACAUCUGGAGUCGGCGCUAUUACAACUCUCCGAAAAACGUGUCAAGUUGGAGCGGAGAGACGCAAGUCUUGGUCCUCAAGCAGUCGACCCAAUAAGCAUCACGGAUCGCAAAUCCUUCAAUCUCCUAUUUUGGAUGGUCAUGAUGUGCGAUACACUUGUUGCUGCUUUGUAUAGACGGCCAUUCAUUGUCUCGGAUGAAGAUUCGCUCAUCCUGCGAGUGGAGAAUCCAAAUCAACCUCCCUUUAACCCACCAUCAACAGUCUAUGGUUCGGGAUCAGCUAGCGAUGGUCCUUCUUCUUCUCUUCCACAUUUGGACACCGAUGAUUUGGAUUCCACGCCUUGGGGUAUGCUCUUCCUUCGAAGGGGAGAGACGACAAAGUCAACGAAUGACUCACCUUGGCCGUUCUCCGAGGAAUAUGCCUCAGCACUUCUGUCAGAUGCGGCCCCGGUCAAGGUGCUCUUAUACCGUAAAGCAAGACGACUCCGAAAUCUUCUCUUCAGGAGAGCUCCGGCUCGGAAAAUCGAGACCGGAAUAGUUGAUGCCUUGACAGUUUAUGAGCAUUGGAACAAAUCUUACGGUGAAUUCAUGAUUACAUGCAUUCAACAUCAUGAAGAGCUUCCUCCCCGCAUUCAGUCAUGGUACUCCGUUUUACUUGGACAUUGGCACCUGGCUGUUUUUUUGCUUUCCGAUUGUAUUGAGGAAAUUGACAAACUUCAAAAAGGGGACAAUCUUUAUGGCGCUCUUCGACAAUCAUGCCGACUAGUUUUUGAGAUGAGGAAGACAAGUGCGCUUCAAGUCGCCGAUAUCUGUCGAGUUGGGCGACCACGACAGGAUUCUAGUUUCCAACAUACGGGAAAUUUCCAUUUCACUGUCAGUCAGGGUGCACUUCUCACGGAGCCAUGGACAGAGAUCUUGAUCCGAUGUUUUGCAAGGGCUACCAAUCAAUUCCUAAGAUGGCUUUCGGACUUUCAAUCAACCAACUCCUCUUCAAUAAAGUGGUGUGGAGCUGAUGAUUUCGACACACUCUACUAUAAUUGCGCUAAUUGUAUCAGGGCUCUUUUCGAUCUUGGUCGCAAAUCAGACAUGGCAUAUCUCACGGCCUUGUCGUUUUCUGAACGCCUUCAGGAGAUACGGAAUCCCAGCCAAGGGGAUAGCGCAACUUUUACCUAG